AUGCCCAAGCUAUCUUCUGCAGAGAAAGAGGAGCAAGCACGUUUGAGCGAAGAAAUUGAGCACUUCACCCAACAAGCAGAUGAUCUUCUUGGCGAGGUAGUAAGCAAGCGGAAAGACUAUCCACAUUUUAUCGUCAAACUAGAGGAAAAUAGAUUACGCGAGAAGUUUGUACGUCUGGUGAGAGGAUUCUCCAUCAGAUGA